GCGGUUAGUCCUGUGAAAAGUGUGUUUGACUCCACCGGCUCACGAAUUUUUUUCUUCAUCCCGUUAGCACGUUCCUCGGCUGAAAACCUCAAAGGUCAGCGAGCCGAGCUGUGGAUGCUCUCUUCACAGAGGAUCGAAAUCGGCCAGUGACUCGAUCAAGAAGAUGACGACGGAAGCUUCAUCUUCGAAACGCACAAGCGAUGAGAUCAAAGAGGAAUCUGACAAACCGCUCUGUAAAUUCGGUCCCCUCUGUUAUCGCAAAAAUCCAGCGCAUCUGAGAGAGUUCGCACAUCCGAAUCGUAAAGCCGAAGCAACGAGAUCAUCCCCCAAAGCUAGCCCGGUAUCGAAUCCGGCUAAGAAGCUGAAGAUCUCGCCCCCCUUGGUACCUGAGCCUCAACACGCAGAUGCAGCAUUCUUGCAGGAGUGUUACGAAACGCCGUUUCCGGAGGACUUUUUUGAUCUCUGGAACUUCUGCAAAGCGCUCAAUCCGGGGAACCCGCGCGAAGCCCUCGUUCCCUUGGUCAACUACAGACUAAUUGGUCCUUUUGAUGCUCUCGCUCUGAAGGAUUGUGUUGACAAAACCGACAAAAAGUCAUUCAACCUGCAUUGCCGGUAUUAUUAUGAUCCACCGGAAUUUCAAACUCUGAUGGUCGAAGUGGGGACUGAUAAUCACUACGGUUAUUUCCGCGACGACCCAAACGACUUCCCUGUAUUCGUGGCAAACUCGCAACUUAGCAGAAAAGAUAUUCAUCCGUGGAAACUGGUUAUAGUCGGUGCAAAUCUCAUGCAAACUGUAAAUAUCCUGCUCAAGGAUCGUAUCAAGGAAUGCGCCGCGGACUCCGAACAGAAAACAAUCCUGACCGAGCAGCUAGCCAAAGUGACCGCUCUAAGUCAGAAUAAGCACUUCGUGAGCUACAAGUCCAAACGCAAAACCCGUGCCCUCGGCUCGUGCCUCCAUCACGUCGGAAUGGUGGUUCCCUACGAGGACAAAACUCAAGUCGGGUACAGACCUCUCCCGGUUUCGAACGUCGAACUCCGCAAGAUGAUGCAGUGCGUCGACAAUGCUUCCGAAGCCUCGCUAGUCGAAGCGUUGACCCCGAUUCAGAACAUCGUCACCCUGGUGAACUUCGCUAACGACGAAUGUGAUUACGGAAUGGGUUUAGAACUCGGUCUGGACUUGUUCCUGUUCGGCAGUCCCCAUCUCCAUAAAACGGCACUAUUCCUGCUCGGUAACGCUUACAUGUUAUUAGAGCGUCCAAAAUUCCUCGAAAUCCUCAAGGACCACAUUGAGAACCGCCGCAAAGACGGCUUAGAAUAUUUGAAGCUGAUCCCAAACUGUGAGCUCAAGAAUUCCGGGGAGAGCUCCGAUUCGCCAGCCGAAUCCUCUUCGGUUCCGCUGCAAGAACCUUUCCCGUGAACGGUAUCGGUGCAGGAAUGAACUUAUCUUAAAUCCGAUUGGCGGGGGCAUGCUCUUGCCAAUUCCCGGUACUUUUGUACAAAAGCCAAAUCCAGUAAGUUUCUGAUUAAUCGGAAUUAAGGCGGGUUCGUCAAUUAUGAAUUAGCUCAAUCCGCCGAGGGAUAUCCCGAGAUGUGAAGAUGGAAUGAACUUGAAUAAAUUAGUUAAAUUUCGGA